AGUCCCUUCCAAUUCCAUUCGUCGUUUGCCUGUUUAUUGGGGAAAGCAAGUCUGCAAGUGAAUGAAGUGAGCAUCGAGCGAGCAGGGGUAGACGGAGAGAGAAAGCUAACAAAGACAACGAGAGAGAGAGAGAGAGAGAAGUGGGGCGAAGGCCGAAGAGCGCGGGAACAGAGAACGGACAUGGCAUUGAGGGUGAGUGCGCAGCCUUUCACGUUGGUGUCGCAUGUGCUGGCAAUCGCAGCUGCGAUCAUGGUACUGGUCUGGUGCAUUCACUUCAGAGGGGGUCUAGCUUUCGAAGCCACCAAUAAAUCCCUCAUCUUCAAUAUUCAUCCGGUUUUGAUGUUAAUUGGCUUCAUUAUAUUAGGAGGUGAAGCCAUAAUAAGCUAUAAAGCCCUUCCUUGGAGGAAAGAAGUGAAAAAACUGAUACACCUAAUUCUCCAUUUAUUCGCGCUCAUUCUUGGAAUUGUGGGAAUUUAUGCUGCCUUCAAAUAUCACAAUGAGAGCAACAUUGCCAAUCUAUAUAGCUUGCAUUCUUGGAUUGGGAUCGGAACCAUCUGCUUAUAUGGAAUUCAGUGGAUAUAUGGGUUCUUAGUGUUUUUUUACCCGGGCGGCUCAGCAGCGGUUAGAGGCGAGUCUCUUCCUUGGCAUGUAGUGUUCGGACUGUUUGUGUAUGUUCUGGCGCUGGGCACGGCCAUGCUAGGUUUUCUGGAGAAGCUGACCUUCCUGGAGAGUUCAGGCCUCGCCAAGUACGGGCCCGAGGCUUACCUCGUCAAUUUCACCUCAAUUGUUACGGUACUGUUUGGAGCCUUCGUGGUGUUAUCAGUUCUUUCUCCCUCACAUGUCGAAGACGACUUCACCUAUUCAUCUAUCUAAUAAAGUGAUAAAUACCCAGACGUCCUAGAAUUUUCUGUGGUCACUGGUUGUGUUUCACUCUGACAACCCUAAGAUUCUAUCAUCGUUUGUAUUGUAUUGUAUUGAUUGAGCAACUAAGCUUUUGUCUUUAUUUGUAUCUAUCUGUACACCCCUUUCUACCUCAACUGUUAUUGCCUUAUGUACGCCCAGAUCUGCUACCAACAUUACUACGUUAACAACUCAUCUUCCAACACCUUAUAGUCCCAUAUCUGACAUCUCAAAUAUGUUUCAUACUUGUCUAUUGUAAUUGAUGGGUGCCUAAUUUAAUUUUGAGAUGGCAUUCAUUUUUGCGA